UGUUCUUCAUUGUUUUCACUUGUUUAGACUUUGAAAGCGAACCGAAAUCGUUUAUUGCAGCUUUGGAUUUAUAUUUUAGUUCGCUAAUCCAUUUCUUAAUUUGAAGAAUCUAAUAUCUCAAGCAACGCUGCUGCCUCUUCAGCUUCACUGGCCACUGUCCUUGUCUCUUUCUUGUUUCUCAUUCAUUUUCCCCCUUUUUGGAUUUCUUUUAGAAGAAAAAGAAUCACAAGAAGAAGGCGAAGAAGUAGAAGAAUCAGCCCAGGGAAUAGUAAAGUCUUCUACUUUGCAGCUGUUUCCUCAUUUUAAAACCUCAGAUGUCGAAGAACCCGUCUCUCGAAGAAGACGAUGAAGCUAUGCCAAUCUCCGAAGUAAUCAAGAGAUUCAAGCGUUUAAGGCUCGUGUUCGAGCCCUCACUGGGAAUCUUGGGGUUUUUCUUGGUGGGUUUGUGUUUAGUCUUCAGCUUCUUCUUCCUCGAUUACAGAACCGUAGCUAAAACCAAAAGUCACGGCUUCUCGGAUCAGUCGGAGAGAUUCCUGUGGCUCAAGGAGCUCGAUGUUAACGGGUCUGGAGUUAACAACAACACCAACGAAGACAGAGUUGAGUUUCUUGAAGAAAGUGGGAAUGGUUGCGAUGUGUUCGAUGGGAAAUGGGUUUGGGACGAAUCGUAUCCGUUGUAUCAGUCCAAAGAUUGCUUCUUUAUUGAUGAAGGAUUCAGAUGCACUGAGUUCGGGAGACCUGAUUUGUUCUACACCAAGUGGAAAUGGCAACCUACACAUUGUAAUUUGCCCAGAUUCGAUGCGAAGUUGAUGCUGGAGAAACUAAGGAACAAGCGGCUGGUAUUUGUAGGAGACUCUAUUGGAAGAAACCAGUGGGAGUCUCUUCUUUGUCUGCUAUCAUCUGCAAUCGAGAACAAGAAUUUGGUCUACGAAGUGAACAAUAAGCCCAUCUCAAAGCACAUGGGCUUCUUUGUAUUCAAGUUUCAUGACUACAAUUGCACUGUUGAGUACUAUAGAGCGCCGUUUCUGGUUCUCCAAAGCCGUCCACCUAAAGGAUCACCAGAAAAGGUAAAGACGACUCUUAAGCUAGAGACGAUGGAUUGGAGUGCCGACAAGUGGAGAGACGCCGACAUAUUAGUGUUUAACACGGGUCAUUGGUGGAACUACGAGAAAACUAUCCGCGGAGGUUGUUACUUUCAGGAAGGAGACAAGGUGAGAAUGAAAAUGAAGAUAGACCAUGCCUAUAGACGAGCAAUGAAGACCGUCUUGAAAUGGAUACAAGAAGAGGUUAAUUCAAGCAAAACACAAGUUUUCUUUCGCACAUUUGCCCCCGUGCAUUUCAGGGGAGGAGAUUGGAGAACAGGAGGAACAUGUCACAUGGAGACAUUCCCUGAUUUUGGAGCGUCUCUGGUUCCAUCAGAGACAUGGCAACAUAUGAAGCUCCUUCAAGAUGUCUUGUCGUCUCUUUACUACUCGAAAAUAUCAAAGACGGUUAAACUGAAACUGUUGAACAUAACGGUAAUGGCUGCUCAAAGAAACGAUGGUCACCCAUCACUGUACUACUUGGGCUCGGCUGGUCCUGCGCCGGUACACAGGGAAGAUUGCAGCCAUUGGUGUCUCCCUGGAGUUCCUGAUUCGUGGAAUGAGCUUCUUUAUGCGCUGUUUCUUAAGCAUCAAGGUUAUUCAAGAUCAAAGAAUAGCGUUUCAGACAACUUAACCUAACAGCUGUUCUUGCUCUGUAGAGGCUUUUUUUUUUCAAAAGGUCUGACCUCAACGGUGUGUUUUUUGAUUGGGUGGGGGUAUGUAAUUACAAAUUAGGUUAAAGCAUCUUUGAUUGUAAAAGUAGAUGUCAUUACC